CCAGUCUACCAGCCUUCGAGUCCAACGACCGAAUGGGAAGAACGCGCCUGCGCCAGAGCACCGCUCGGGUUCUCCGCUCAGCAGAAAGCAGUUCUCGGCAGGUGCACCUGCUGGCAUCAGUCGUCCAGGACUGAUUCUUCCUUCGAGUCUGAUUGAAGAAUCCCUACUAUUCACACAUCCUACAACGAGAAACGGCUGCGAGACAGAGUCAGCGUAACCGGGGCGGCGUUUAGGAGCGGCCCCCCGCGCGCCCUCCCAGGCAGUUCAAAUUAAGGAUAACCUAGACCCUGCCUCUCUCUGAAAGUGGCAUCUGAUCGUGCAGGAGCUCCGCCAUGCAGCCGCCGCCGCAGGCUGUCCCGCCCAAUGUGGUGGGGCCUCCUCCCGCGGGGAGCCCUCCAAGCAUGUUCUGGUCCGGCAGUUCAUACAGGAGACAGGCGGCGGCGAGUGCACCGGGGGCUCCGGUAACUGGCCCCCUGCAGCCGGUAACGGACCCGUUUGCUUUCAGUAGACAGGCUCUUCAGAACACCUCGCUGGGCAGUUCGUCCAAAAGCAGCCCUCCUGUGCUGCUGGGCUCAGCCCCACCAGCGUUCCUUCAGCACCCGGGUCUGCCUGUGCCUCACACGAAUGCUGGGGACAGCUCCCAAGGAUUCCACGCGCCUCUGCCGAGACCUCUGUCGCAGCCCCGGCCAGCGUCCAGCCCCGUUUCCAGUGUGUUGACCCCUUCGGCACCUCCUGGGCCCGAACUGAACAGGAGCGCCCAGGCCACUUCCAGCUCUGAACACGAAACCCAGGCUCAGUACAUUCCAGGAGGGGGUUCCAGCACUUCUCAUGGCGGCCCCCCACAUGGGCACCUGCCUGGGCCUGACAGGCCCCCGAGUGGACAGAACCCUCACGAUGGCGCUGCGGCACCCACCGCGUCCUCUUUCUUCCCGCAGCCGCGUCCGCAGAUGCCAGGGCAGAUGCCAGGGCAGUGGGGGCCGGCCCAGGGCAGCCUGCAGCCCUUCGGGCAUUAUUGGCCCCGCCCAGAAGGCCCGCUUGCCAAUGCGGCACCGCAGGCCUCCAGCGCCUUCCACGUCCCCGCUCUGUCCAGCCCGCCUCAGGGGCCUGCCCACGAGCAGCACCAGCCUCCCGCCCCAGGACCUGCGGUCGACGGGAAAGAUGGGGCAGCCUCCCUGCAGAGCGGCCACCACUCAGCGAGUCCCUUUGGCCUGGAGAGCACGUUCAAGCAGAGUGUCCGCGGGGGCAGUGCCGGGGCCGGCCAGGAGGUCAGGCCGAGUCCCGCCGUUAGUCACGAGCAGGGGCCAGACCCUGCUCUCGGGAACCCCUCCGCCCAGGGCAGCAGCCCGGAAAGCCAUUCGCAUUGCCCUCUGGGGGCCGCCAGCCGCGCCCUGCCAGAAGCAGACUCGGGCACGCUCUCCCUGUUCUUCCGAGGCGGAGAGAUGGAGAAUGAGGAGUCCCUUUCCUCCGAAAACACAGGCUCCGCGGCUCCGUCUUACUUUGACGGUUUCUCCCCCGGCCCUGUUCUGGGCCCUCCUCCGGCACACGUGGGCACAGGCGGCGUCUGCCAGGCCUUUCUGAGAGCCUCCCGCAGCGAGGCCGCACAGCAGGGAGGAGACACGCAGCCCUACUUUCCUCAGCCUGCGGGCACCCGGCUCGCUCAGCCAGCCGCUAAGAAUGCUGCUGCUGACGUGUGGGGUGACACGCCAGGCGCAGGCACUCAGGACGCUGGCGGCUCACACUGUGAGAAUGUGGAGAACUUGGAGUUCACUCAGAACCAGGAGGUUCUGCCAAGUGAGCCCCCAAAUCUGGAUGCCUCCUCCCCAGGCGAUCACCCCAGAUAUGCACCUCUUCCCGGGCCCCCGGGCCCCAGGCUCAGUGUCACAGGCCACGCGGCAGGCGGGGGCUCCAACCUCGAGGCCCUGGACGCGCCGCUGCACCCCGUGCGGUCUGAUAGCGUGUCGUCUAGUUACAGCAGCAAGAGCCACAGGAGUGCGUCCAGCACAGCCAGGCCCCAGGACCUGGGCACCUUCAUCCAGCAGGAAGUCGGCAAACCCGAGGAGGAGGCUCCCGGGAGCUUUUUUAAGCAAAUCGAUUCUUCUCCUGUGGGAGGCGAGACAGAUGUGACCACCAUGAGCCAGAAUUACCACCACAGCCUGUCCCAGCCCUUGACCCCAAGCCCCCCCAAACCUACAGGGGUCUUUCAGACGAGUGCAAAUAGUUCUUUUGAACCAGUGAGAUCCCACUUAGUUGGAGUCAAACCAAUUGAGGCAGAUCGUGCCAAUGUGGUGGGUGAGGUGAGGGGGAGCCAUGCCCACCAGAAGCACAGACCAGCCGCUGCACCGCCCGACGCCUGCCCUGGCAACCUGGAGCAGCCACCAGACAACAUGGAGACCCUCCUGCCACCUCGGGUCUGCCCUCUGCCUCUUCCCUCACCCGCAGAAGCCAGUCACAGGCUUCCGCACCCUGGAGGGCCGCCCUUGGAGACUGUGCCCGCGACACCGGAGAAGAGGCCCUCGACCCGGGCCCAGGGAGCCAUGAAGUGUGAGAGCCCAGCCACGACUCUGUGGGCGCAGAAUGAGCUGCCAGACUUUGGGGGCAACGUCCUGCUGGCCCCGGCCGCUCCUGCACUUCACGUGCCUGGGAAGCCUCAGCCAUCCGAAGUGGUUCAGCCUCCAGACAAGGGGGUGUCCGGCCAGCGGGCCGGGCCGCCGGGCUGCCUCGCCCCUCUGCAAGGCGCGGAGGGCAUUGGUGCUUCUGAGAACCUCGAGAACCCUCCCAAGAUGGGGGAAGAGGAGGCCCUCCUGUCACAGGCAAGUUCUGGUUGUGCCAGUCUGCUGUCCUCGCCACCCACUGAAUCUUUGCACAGCCAGCCAGCCUGGAUCGCUCAGCCCGAUCAGAGCGCUCGCCUGGCUCAGCCCCUUCCUUUUCCCGUGUCCUUGUCCCAUCCCACGGAGAAGACUCCGUCCUGGAGAGACGCUCGGGUUGGGGACAGAUCUGCCAGGAGCAGCCGGGCCGCGGGGGCUGAUGCUGGAGAAGCCGCGCCUCUGCCUGGGGUUGCAGCCAGCGCGCUCACCUGCUCGCCUCUGUCUCACAGCUUUGCCCAGAGUAACUUCCCACACGUUUCUGCUCUUUCUGAAACGGUUUCCACUCCACCUGCUAAUUUGCUGGUUCAACCACCAUCUCAUCCAGCUCCAAAGAACUUGCUUCCAGGUCAGAAGAGCCCCAGUGCCGAGAGCGCGCUGCCGGAGUUGGUUAGUAGCCCUGCCGGGAGCACAGGCCUCCUGCUGGUGGCGCCCGCCAGCGACGCCUUGGGGCCUCACAGUAAUAAGGCAGACCCCCCCAGGAAUCGGGAAGAGACGUGGGGAGCCCUAGACUUCACGCUGAAUGGGACCGUGGAGAAGCCUGUGAGGAUGGAUAGCCUGUCCCAUGCCGAUGGCCCAGCUGCUGCUCCGCAACCCACCCCCAGUCAUCCCAGUCAGCCUGGGCCUGGGGCACGUAACCCAGACCAUUUCUACCAACAGGUGACGAAAGGUGCUCCCAACCAGCGUGGCCCCGAGAGAGCCCAGCAGGAGCCAGCUCCUCCCCCACCAGGGCCCACAGCAGCGCCUUCCGAACCCUCAAACCCAGAAAGCCCACCAGCACCAGGGCAGCCCCAGAACUCGGCCCAGCCACCUGCCAGUCCGGCUCCCGCGGACCUGGGCCAGCAGCCGCCCCCUCGGCCCCCUCCGUCCUCCAGCGCAUCGGCCGUGUCCAGCAGCUCGAGCCAGGCAGCCGUGCCGCCGGGCCAGCCGUGGAUGCCGCCGCAGCCCCUGGACUUGGCGUCCUACUACUAUUACAGGCCCCCGUACGACGGCUACCCGGCCCAGUACCCCUCUCCAUACCCACCAGACCCGGGCACAGCCCCGCUCUACCAGGACGUCUACGGCCUAUACGAUCCCAGGUACAGGCCCUACGAUGGCGCGGCGUCCACCUACGCUGAGAACUACCGCUACCCCGAGCCGGAGCGGCCCAGCUCCCGGGCGAGCCACUGCUCAGACCGGCCGUCUGCCAGGCAGGGGCCUCCUGAGGGCUACUACAGUUCCAAGCGUGGAUGGAGCAGCCAGAGCGAUUACGCCGGCUACUACUGCGGCCAGUACGACUAUGGAGAUCCGGGCCGCUGGGAUCGGUACCCCUAUGGGUCUGGGUUCAGGGAUCCCCGCCCCUAUGACCGCAGGUAUUGGUAUGACGCGGAAUAUGAGCCGUACAGGAAAGACAGCUACGCCUAUGCUGACAGGCCCGAGAGGUACGACGACCCCUGGAGGUACGACCCUCGCUUCACAGGGAGUUUUGAUGACGACCCUGAGCCCCACAGAGAUCCCUACGGGGACGACGUGGACCGGCGCAGCGUGCACAGCGAGCACUCGGGGCAGAGCCUGCGCAGCGCGCCCAGCGUGCACAGCCGCCACAGCAGCUUCAGCGCCCACUCGCAGCAGAGCCAGGUUUACAGAAGCUGCAAUGUGACCAUGGGGCCUUAUGAGGCUCCGCCGCCGCCAGGCUCCCUCCACGGGGACUAUGCCUACGACGCCUACAUGAGCAAUUUCAGCAGCGCCCAGGGCUUCCCAGAGUACGGCUACCCUGCCGACGCCGGCUGGCCCUCCGUGGAGCAAGCUCCGUCGAGACCCACUUCCCCGGAGAAGUUCUCGGUGCCCCAUGUCUGUGCCCGGUUUGGUCCUGGGGGUCAGCUCAUCCGCGUGAUCCCCAAUCUGCCCUCGGAGGGACAGCCGGCCUUGGUGGAAGUGCACAGCAUGGAGACGCUGCUACAGCACCUGCCGGAGCAGGAGGAGAUGCGCGCCUUCCCGGGGCCGCUGGGCAAAGACGACACCCAUAAGGUGGACGUUAUUAACUUUGCGCAGAGCAAAGCCACCCAGUGUUUGCAGAAUGAGAGCUUACUUGACAAAGAGUCCGCAAAUCUCCUCUGGAACUUCAUCAUCCUGCUGUGCAGACAGAAUGGGACCGUGGUGGGCACAGACAUUGCCGAGCUGUUGUUACAAGACCACAGGACGGUGUGGCUUCCUGGGAAGUCGCCCAACGAGGCCAACCUGAUCGACUUCACCAACGAGGCCGUGGGUCAGGCCGAGGAGGAGGAGGAGUCGGUGGAGGCCCAGCUUUCCUUCCUCACCGACAGCCAGGCCGCCACCAGCUCUCUGGAGAAGGAGACGGAGCGGUUCCGGGAGCUGCUGCUCUAUGGCCGCAAGAAGGAUGCUUUGGAGGCCGCGAUGAAGAACGGCCUGUGGGGUCACGCUCUGCUGCUUGCCAGCAAGAUGGACAGCCGGACACACGCCAGAGUCAUGACCAGAUUCGCCAACAGUCUUCCCAUCAACGACCCUCUGCAGACCGUCUACCAGCUGAUGUCCGGGCGGAUGCCUGCAGCGUCCACGUGCUGCGGCGAUGAGAAGUGGGGAGACUGGAGGCCGCACCUCGCCAUGGUUCUGUCCAACUUGAACAACAACAUGGAUGUGGAGUCCAGGACGAUGGCCACGAUGGGCGACACGCUAGCCUCGAAAGGCCUCUUGGACGCUGCACACUUCUGCUACCUCAUGGCUGAAGUUGGAUUUGGGGUUUAUACCAAGAAAACCACAAAACUCGUCUUAAUUGGAUCGAACCACAGUUUGCCAUUUUCAAAGUUUGCGACCAAUGAAGCCAUCCAGAGGACAGAGGCCUAUGAGUACGCGCAGUCGCUGGGCAUGCAGUCCAGCCCCAUGCCCAACUUCCAGGUGUUCAAGUUCAUCUACUCCUGCCGCCUGGCCGACAUGGGGCUGGCCACGCAGGCCUUCCACUACUGCGAGGUCAUCGCCAAGGGCAUCCUGCUGCAGCCGCACAGGCACUCCCCCGUGCUCAUCAGCCAGCUGGUCCAGAUCGCUUCCCAGUUACGCCUCUUCGACCCGCAGCUGAGAGAGAGGCCGGAGGAGGAGUCCUUUGUGGAGCCUGCCUGGCUGGUGCAGCUGCAGCGUGUGGAGCGGCAGGUCAAGGAGGGCGCUGUGGUGUGGCGUCAGGACCCGGCCUUCCCCCAGCGCUGUGCCAGCACCCCCAGCUCCGAGGUGGGACAGUACGAUGGGCCAGGACCCGAGCAGCCCUCGCACCCGGGCACCGAGAACCCACUGCUGGCGCCACCUGCGCCCAGCGCCGAGCACUCUGGCCAGGGCGUGUGGCUGCUGCCGUCAGCUCCGCCGACGCUCCCCGAGGGCCUGCCCGCCGUCCCUGCCGGGGUGCCCAUGUUCCCCGUGCCGCCCCCGGGCCCUGGGGAGCCAGCACCUGGCUUUGCAGAGCCCUCUGGGCCGGACCCCACGGCCCGGUACCCAGGGCCUGGCCUGCCACCCAGCGCACCGUCUCUGCAGGAGAGCGCACACCUGCUCCGGGCCCAGGACCCAGGAGCGCUGCCCCAGGACCCCCACGGGAGAGGGUCGCUGGCGGAGCGAAGAGAAGAGGAUCUGGGUGGCAAGUCUGAGAAUGCGGGCUCCCCGAGGAUGCCGCAGGACUUCGAGGCCCCCCCAGCGUGGGGGGGUGCCAGCCUGGGGGCCCUGCAGCCUCCGUCUCGGACGCCCGCUCCCACAGGGAAGAGCCCGGUGCCAGCAGCCAAGAAAGAGCCCAAGGAGCCUAAGAAGAAUGCCGAGUCCUGGUUCUCGCGCUGGCUGUCUGGGAAGAAGAGGACGGAAGCGUACUUGCCAGACGACAAGAACAAGUCGAUCGUCUGGGACGAGAAGAAGAACCGAUGGGUGGACACCAAUGAGCCGGAGGAGGAGAAGAAGGCUCCGCCCCCACCCCCGGUGUCGCUCCCCAAGGCUCCGCAAGCUGCCGCCCCUGGGCCUGGCGGGCCCCCCAGAGCCUCUGUGAACAUGUUUUCUAGAAAAGCAGCCGGGAGCCGAGCGCGCUACGUGGACAUCCUCAACCCGGGCGGGCCCCAGCGCACCGAGCCGGCGCUGGCUCCCGCGGACCUCUUUGCUCCACUUGCCCCGCUCCCGAUCCCGGCGCAGCUGUUCGGACCAAACCCAGACGCAGAGGGAGCCCCACCUGCAGAAGGGUCUGGCAGGGAAGGGCAGGCGCUAGCUGGGGGUCCAGCCCUUCCAGAACCUUCCUCGGAACCCCAGGUUGUGAGCCCGGCAAACUCGCUCCCUGCUUCUGAACUGGCCCCCUGCCCAGUGGACAGUCCCCAGGGGGGAGAGCUUUCGCGCUGUAGCUCAGUGAGCUCACUGUCCCGUGAAGUGAGCCAGCACUUCCCCCAGGCUCCCAGUGACCACCCCCCGGCAGAGGCGCCCCCCGGGGCAUCCGUGACGUUCUACAACCCUGCGCAGUUCGCACAGGCCUCGGCCACCUCGGGAAGCGCCAGGCCUGGGAGGAUUGGCCAGAGGAAGUACCCAGUGCUGAGGUAGAGGGCCCUGCUCCGUCAGCACUGGGGCCUGAGAUUGCGCUCCACCGACACUCGGCUGACCGCCCGGCCCCCUCCUGUGCCCGAGGGACACGCGUAGAGCCACGUGCUCGCACCUUGUGAGGAAGAGCUGCCAGGUGCCCCGCAGCGCCCAGAUCCGAGGACAGGAGAGACUUCGGCUCCCCUUCUACCUAAGAAUGAGCUCAGGAUAAGCCUGUAGUCACGUAGGAGUGUCGUGCUGAGCGCAGCCGGACGGACGCCCUUUGCUGCUGGGGAGCUGAGCUGCAGGGACUCAGGAUGGCGAGUGGCUGCCAGGUUCGUCCCCAGUUCCUCUAAGACGCUGGAGGGAAGAGCAGGCCUGACUGAGCGCCCCGACGCCUGCUCUGCGGCCACUGGGCCAGCUCCCGCCCCGGCGUCCGCAGCCCCGACAGCAGUCGCUGGCGGGUGUGUUCACCAGCCUCGGAGGGAAGGCGGCGGCAGCCUGGCAGCCGAGCCUCAGGCGGAGACGCCGCGGUCAGCGUGGUGCGCUCCUCCCGCAGCAAAGCGUGUCUGCGGCCCAGCAGGACCACGAGGGUUCCUGCCGCCAGGGGCCUGGCUUUGUCCGCCCGCGAGGGAGGAAGGGCCGCGGCACAGCCUGGGUUCCGUGGGACUGGUCCUCGCCCAUCAGCCGGUGUGGAAGCCGUGCCUGGGCUCACCUGUGGGGCUCAGCGAGCAGCCUGGCUGGGCUCCGGCAGAGCCGCUGUGGCUGCCAGCUCUGCGCCAUCCAGCGACGUGCCCUCACCUGGCUGGCACUGCUGGCGACAUCUUGACGAAAGUGGCUUAAAUACCUUCUUGCAGAACCUCCUGAAGCUGAUCUCUGCCCUGGUUCCCCCACACCGAGCCCGGCGGGGCUGACCUCCCACCGGACUCCCUCCAGCUCCACCUUCACGCCGGUUCGCAGAACCGUUCACCUUGUUAAGCCUGAAGGGCUGAGGACAGGUGGAGAUAUUUAUAAAACCACUAGGAACU